AUGGCCUCUCUUUCUGCAGCUUGCAGGGCAUCUGCCCGGGCCGUUACUGCUCGGUCUUCUAUCGCCCGUGGCUUCACCACCUCGACACGAUGCCUUGCCGCACAGAACUUCACCAUGCCCGCCCUCUCACCUACCAUGACCGAGGGUAACAUUGCUACAUGGAAGGUCAAGGAGGGAGAAACUUUUAGCGCCGGAGAUGUGCUGCUCGAGAUCGAGACCGACAAGGCCAGCAUGGACGUCGAGGCCCAGGACGACGGUAUCAUGGUCAAGAUAAUGGCUGCUGAUGGCAGCAAGGCUGUGCAGGUUGGAUCACGCAUUGGUGUCAUUGCUGAGGCUGGCGACGAUAUCAACACCCUCGAGAUCCCCGCCGACGAGGCUAAGGAGCAACCCAAGGAGCAGUCCAGCGCUCAGGCCCCCAAAGAGGAGACUGCUCCUUCCCAGUCGAAGUCCGUCGAAAAGACAAGCGCGAAGCCCACUGGUAACGACACCUACGAGCACAAGUAUCCUCUCCUGCCCUCAGUUCAGCACCUGGUCAAGGAGAAAGGCAUCAGUGAGGCUGAUCUCAAGAAGAUCAAGGGCACCGGUCCUCACGGCCGAUUAGUCAAGGGUGACAUCCUCGCUCAUAUUGGAAGCAUCAACCCCGAGACUCCCGCUGCCAACGAGACCAACUUCAACAACAUGUUCCACCUUGAUCUUAGCAACAUCAAGGUCGCUACGAAACCUGCUCCUCCUUCUAAGCCAAGCCCCGCCGAGGAUUUCAAGGCCCCCGUGGUCGAGGAUCUGGAAGUUUCUAUCCCUAUCACCUUGGCCAAGGUUGUCGAAGUUCAGAACCGAAUUCACGAGACUCUCGGUGUCUUCCUACCCAUCUCUACCUUUGUUGGCCGUGCCGCUGAGGUUGCCAACGAUGACCUUCCUCCUACCAAGCGUGCCCCUACCGCCAAUGAGCUGUUUGACCAGGUCCUUGGCCUCGACAAGGUCAAGGCCUCCAAGGUUUCUCGCGGUGUCUACCUGCCCCAGAUCUCCACUAUCCCUCCCCCCUCUAUGCUUUCUCCCCGAUCUAGCCCUAAGCAGGACGACAUUAUCGACUUCCUUUCUGCACCCAGCAAGAAGUCUGCUCCCAAGCCCGCCUCUGUUCACGCCGUCCCCGGCUUGUCCAGCGGCGCCAAUGUGUUCACUCUGACGGUCCCCAAGGUCGAGGAGGAGAGGGCACUGGUCUUCCUUGCACGCUGCAAGGCCAUCCUUGAGGAGGAGCCUGGACGACUGGUGCUGUGA